GCUGGUUAACUAAUUGUAUUAUCUCUAGCUCCUAGAUCAGCAAUACAAUUUAUCCUCUUCCGACCUUCAUUUCUUUCAUGAAUACGGAGAGUAGCAGCUCGGAGGAGGCACAAACUAGGCUGCCGCCGCCUAAAGUAGUCGACUUACAAAGGCUUGGCAGCGGCGCCAGCGUCGUCCUGGAUCCUGAGGUGGGAGCGGAAGCAGAGUCCGGCAGGAAGAAACUGCCGUCGUCGAACUACAAGGGCGUGGUGCCGCAGCCCAACGGCCGCUGGGGCGCGCAGAUCUACGAGAAGCACAGGCGCGUCUGGCUCGGCACAUUUAAAGACGAAGCCGAGGCCGCCCGGGCUUACGACGUCGCCGUCCUUAGCUUCCGCGGCCGCGACGCUGUCACCAACUUCGAGCCGCUCGCUGGCUCCGCCGGCGCCGACGCUGCCACGGAGCUCGAUUUCAUCGCCUCCUGCUCCAAGGCCGAGGUCGUCGACAUGCUCCGCAAGCACACCUACCGCGACGAGCUGCAGCAGAGCAAGCGGCGGGCGAUGAAACAGAAUUGGAGCGGCGGAGUGCUCAGCUUCGGCUCGCCGCGAUUAGAGAUGGCGCCGACGCAGCACCGGGUGCACUUGUUCGACAAGGAAGUGACGCCGAGCGACGUGGGGAAGCUGAACCGGCUGGUGAUCCCGAAGCAGCACGCGGAGAAGCACUUCCCGGCGACGUCGUCGGCAUCCGUCAAGAGCGUGCUGCUUCACUUCGAGGACGCCGCCGUCGGGAAGUCGUGGCGGUUCCGCUACUCGUACUGGGGCAGCAGCCAGAGCCACGUGCUGACCAAGGGAUGGAGCCGGUUCGUGAAGGAGAAGGGUCUCCGAGCCGGUGAUAUCAUCACUUUCCAGCGCACCACCGACGCCGAAAGGCAGCUCUUCAUCGGCUGUAAGAGGCGCCCGUCGACAGUGCAGGUUGCCCCCGCCCCCAAGCCGGCUGUCGAGGUCGUCAGGCUCUUCGGGGUCGACAUCUUUUCGGUGCCGGCGCCCGGCGGCGACGUCGCAAAGCGGAGCAGGGGCGUGGAAUCGAGGCCGAUAGGUGAGAACUCGAUCAAGAAGCAAUGCACGGAGAUAAACUUCGCGAUCGGCUGUAAAAAUUUGAUCGACUAAUUCAGAGAUAUCACAAUUUUAAUCAUCUCUAUUUUAAAAUUCGAUCCACCGAGAUAAAAUGGGGAAGCGCGGUAGCUCCAUUUGAGAAAAAAAUUCUAUAAAUAAAUAUAUCCAAGGGCGGA